AUGGGCAACUGCUGCGCCGCGCCGUUGACGGAGGGGAGCGGCAAGAACCGCCCGAAGAAGCAGAAGUCGAACCCCUACAACGUCGCGUACAACCGCGGGGCGGCGCCGCCGUCGGCGCGCCCGGGCCUGGUGGUGCUGCGGGACCCGACGGGGCGGGACCUCGGCGCGCAGUACGAGCUCGGCGGCGAGCUGGGCCGCGGCGAGUUCGGCAUCACGUACCUGUGCACGGAGUCCGCCACGGGGGCGCGGUACGCGUGCAAGUCCAUCUCCAAGCGCAAGCUGCGGACGCCCGUGGACGUGGAGGACGUGCGCCGGGAGGUGGACAUCAUGCGCCACAUGCCGGCGCACCCCAACAUCGUCAGCCUCCGCGCCGCCUACGAGGAUGAGGACGCCGUGCACCUCGUCAUGGAGCUCUGCGAGGGAGGGGAGCUCUUCGACAGGAUCGUCGCCCGGGGCCACUACACCGAGCGUGCCGCCGCCGCCGUCACGCGCACCAUCGUGGAGGUCGUCCAGAUGUGCCACAGGCAUGGUGUCAUUCACCGGGACCUUAAACCAGAGAACUUUUUAUAUGCAAACAAGAAGGAGAGUUCCCCCCUGAAAACAAUUGAUUUUGGGCUGUCUGUGUUCUUCAGGCCUGGUGAGCGAUUUACUGAAAUCGUAGGCAGUCCAUACUACAUGGCUCCAGAGGUUCUAAAGCGAAACUAUGGCCCUGAAGUUGAUGUCUGGAGUGCUGGAGUGAUACUUUACAUACUUCUUUGUGGUGUACCACCAUUUUGGGCAGAAACUGAACAGGGAGUAGCACAGGCAAUUAUACGAUCUGUUGUAGAUUUCAAAAGAGAACCAUGGCCCAGAGUAUCUGAGCCUGCUAAAGAUCUUGUCAGGCGGAUGCUGGACCCAAAUCCAUUAACACGGUUUACUGCAGCACAAGUACUUGAGCAUCCAUGGUUACAUGACUCUAAAAAGAUGCCAGACAUUUCUCUUGGUGAUACUGUCCGAGCAAGAUUGCAGCAAUUUGCUGCAAUGAACAAGUUAAAGAAGAAAGCACUAAGGGUGAUUGCUGAGCUUCUGUCUGUGGAGGAAGUAGCUGACAUAAAGCAAAUGUUUGAUAAGAUGGAUGUGAACAAGAAUGGCAAGCUAACAUUCGAGGAAUUCAAGGCCGGCCUUCGUAAACUGGGAAACCAAAUGCCUGAUUCAGAUCUUCAGAUAUUGAUGGAUGCUGCUGAUGUUGAUAAAAAUGGGACCCUAGAUUAUGGGGAAUUCGUCACUGUGUCUGUUCACGUGAGAAAAAUAGGCAACGAUGAACACAUCGAAAAGGCCUUCACAUACUUCGACCGGAAUAAGAGUGGGUAUAUAGAAAUCGAAGAGCUUAGAGAGGCGCUAUCUGAUGAACUGGAGGGAAAUGAUGAAGACAUUAUUGAUGGCAUCAUCCGAGAUGUGGACAUAGAUAAGGACGGGAAGAUAAGCUACGAUGAGUUCGCGGCGAUGAUGAAGGCCGGCACUGACUGGAGGAAGGCCUCUCGGCAGUACUCGAGGCAACGGUUCAGUAACCUGAGCCUGAAGCUCCAGAAGGACGGGUCCCUCGGCACCGAGACACGAUAG